AUGCGGUCAAUUCUGGGUCGAGUUCCUCGAGUCGGGCAUGUCCUCCCACAAGUUCCGCGUGCACGAUGGAACACCUGCAGUACUGCUCCUGCUAUAUUAGGCGCUGCGACGACGAGAGGAGGGUACAAUGGGAGUGCGCAUAUGCAGCCCAAUAGUGGUGCGGUCUGGAUGCCACUAGACCGGAGGUGGUUCCGUGCAGGAAUUCCUGGUGGUAGCGGGAUGAGAAACACCCGGACGAAAGAGCAAUUGGAGAGGUUGAGAUUGAGGGAUCGGACGGGGGUUGUGCAGGAGGAGCAGAAGGGAGGAGACUCAGGGGGGAAGUUGGAGGAUGCGAUGACGAAGGGCAAGCUAUUAACGACACCGUCGAGGUUAUUCAAGCUGUUGAUUCCGCUGUCGACCGGCUAUCAGGGGGAGCAUAAAGACAUCGAACCAAUAGCUAUUCUCGUCCACCCCCAACAACCACUCUCCCACCUGGAACGACUAAUCCAGUCUGAAGUCCCAGCCAUUAAGAAAGAAGACGGCCAAACCCGCCCCCCAACCGUCUCCUUCAUCGCCCUCCAAAUCGAAGACCACCCCAUUCGGCCCCGAAAAGCCGUCUACGAAGGCACCGGCGCAGAAGUCCACCAGCUCGACGAAAUGGGUCGCAUCGAUGACGGCGAAGGCAAGCGGAUCCCCACAGAAGACGAUACAUACACGUACCUGCGCCGCACGGAGCCCAGCAAGAAGGGAGAAGAAUCAGAAGGCGGCGGCAGGAGAGAGCAGCGCUUCGUACGCUGGUCACAAUCCACCGAAAUUGGAGACUUUAUCCGCGACGCAGCACGGGCCCGGGAAUUCAUCGUCUCCGUGGAAGGCGCACCAGCCGGGGUGCAUCAGAUCCGAGUAGCGGUGCCAUCGUUCGACGAGCGGACGUACUUCCUGCGAAUGAGACUGCGGAAGAUCUCCGGGCGGAUCAAGGGCAUCGCGGAGAUCAAGCACGAGUGUGAUGCGCUAGCGCACCGGGGAGCACAGCGGGUGGCGAUGGGAGGGCUGGGAAUCCUGGCAAUGUGGUGGUACCUCGUGUACAGGUUGACGUUUGAGACGGAUCUGGGCUGGGAUACGAUGGAGCCGGUGACGUAUCUGGUGAGUUUGUCGACGCUGAUGGGGGGAUAUCUCUGGUUUCUGUACCAUAACCGGGAGAUAUCGUACCGGUCAGCGUUGGAUUUUACGAUCAAUGCGCGGCAGAAGAAGCUGUAUCAGGAGAAGGGGAUUGAUUUGCAGUUGUGGGAGUCAUUGAUUGACGAGGGAAAUACGUUGCGCAAGGAGAUCAAGAAUAUUGCGGCGGAGUAUGAUGUGGAGUGGGAUGAGAGGAAGGAUGAAAGGGACCAGAGAGUCACGGAGGCGUUGAAGCAGGAGAGGACGCAGAAGAAUGGAAAUAAGAGGAGAGGUGAUGAGGAGGAGGAUGGAGAUUAG